AGAACACAGAACUCGACGAGCAAACGAUGAGUUUUGCCCGUCGAGUUCCUCGGACGUGUGUACGGGGCCUUAGAAACAUCAACACAAAGUCUGAAACCACUGAUAGAGGAAGAGCUGCAAACACCGCUUAUCCACUGCACAGUGUAGCCGUCAUGUUGCAGGGGCCAAAUUAAGCAAGGCACCUCAAGGUUGCCUUAUCCUAUAUUUUUUUUUUCAUUAAAUGUAUAUCUACUCUUUAAGGCAUGCUUUUUUUCUCUUACAUUCUUAGAUUGCAGAGAACAGAGUCAGUGCCAAUUUAUUAAAGCACCUUGUUGCUACUGAAAAACUUUGGGAGAUCAGAAUUAGGCAAGCUUUUGAAAAAGAUAGCUUAAAAUUUUGAAAUCUGUCCCCAAAAUAAUUUUUUUUUUUUUCUAAAAAUCCCAUAUCAUAUAAUAAUGACCGAUUAAUUUUCUGCGAAGUUUGUAAAAGAAGAGUUUGAUGAUUCUAGCAUUUAUUUUCAAAAAUCAGGUGAAUAUAGGGCCCUUGGGAGGUUAACUCGAAGGAAAUAAUGUACAUUUGCAUUUGUCAGAAUCACUUUUUACCAAAUACAUUAUGUUUAAAUCUAGCAAUGCAUUUUUGUCCACAAUUUUUUACAGAAAGUUUUUCUGACUUACACUGCUCAUGUCCUGCUUUGAAGUGAAGGUCAUGGCAGAUUCUAGCAGUCCAGUGAUGUAAGAGAGAAUGGACAGAUAUCUAACCUCAAGUGAGACAUCUGCCUCUCUAUAGCUAGACCGACUGUAUAUAGUAGAUUUGUCUCCCAUAGUCUGAUUUACCUGUAACACUAGGCCAUCCACUGGAUUUACAGACAUGCUAGCCAAAAUAUCUGCUCACAAUAUUUGUUCUGAAAGCUGUUGUGUACCCUAAAAAAAAACCUUAAGACAUACAUUGAUCAUUGCCGUGCUCACUUAUAAUGAUCAGAUCAGAAAAUAAUCAUCUGUGGGUUACCACUGACAUAUGCUUCCAUUAAAGUAAGCAUGUAAAGGAGUACUUUUAAUUGAGUUUUUAUGCCAUUUGGAUCACAUCUUGUCUACGUUUAGUGAAAAAUUGCUACAUUUCCCAAACGUAGGUUCUAACUGGGGUCUAUAUUACUAUGGGAACAUAAAUACAGUCAAUGUCUUAAUAUUUCUUUAAAAAGUUAACUACAUUUUGUUUACCUUUGAAGGAUACUUUCAUUUGUUUGGGGGAUAUAAGGUUAAGACAGGGUUGUGAUAUACCUGAAAUGGGUAUUUUUCUAGUGGUUCAAAGUAAACUUGAAUACAUAAUCAGUGCCUAUAUAAAUGAAAACAAGAAAUAAGAUAACCUUAUGUUUCAAGUAUCAGGGAUGGUGACAUUUCAUUUUUACCAUAGAAGUCAAUGUGCUAGGAUGUUUAGUUGAGUACACAUAUGAUGUAUGUCCCUGCAAGGUUUAUGCUUUUUAUUGAAGGAGAUGAAUUGUAAUUUGGGAUUUAUCUUAAACAUCCUUUUAUGGAAGAAAAGUUGUUAUAAUUAAACUCGAAGGAAGGAAAACUCAGACACAUCAAAUCUUUAUUAUAUUGGAAGAAGGAGCACUCUUUUUUUAUGUAAAUAGUUUUUCUAUAGAUAUGAAAAUAUCUUUUUGUUUAAGGAGGCCUUGCUAUUCAAAAGUCAUAAUUUGGUUACACAAUGAAGGAGAUUAACUUAUGUGUAAACCAUGAUUCCCAAGCAUGUCAGUAUGUCUCUUGUCAGUGUGAAAGGUCAGCAACAGGUUGAUAAUGAAAGUUGGAAACCUUGAACCCACUACUAUGGCCUAACCAUCUACCUGAUGGUAUAUCUUAGAGUGCAGUGAAAACAACACAAAUAUCCUUCUUUUUCAGCACAAUAUAUCCUAGAUAAUAAAUAUUUUUUUAAUUAUCUUCAAAUGAAAGGUAUAUUUUUUCAGUGUCUGGGAUUGGGAGGGAGAAGGCCUCUAGUUUGUUAGGAGAAGAACCUGGUAAAUGAUAUUUUUCUUGGCCAUUAAAAUAUACACAUAUAUACUUAACAGGACAGAAGUUAAAAUAAAAGUCACAAAAGUGGAAGCCAUGUUCACCUUGCUACCUCAGCUCCAUCUGCCAUUAUCGCUACUUAUAGUGAUAGACUCAUUCUAGUUAGGCUAUCCGGAUAUAUGAAGAGAGCGGAAUUUGUAACCACUCUGUUGCAGAGGUAGACUUGGUUAUUUUUUGAUUUCUUUGCUUUAUUAUGCUCCCUUGUAAAACUUUUCAUAAAUAUUAUAUUGUACACACCAUUUCUAUGUGACUGCAAAUAUGUCCGUAAUACAGAUGUAUAUGUAUAUACAGUAUAUAUAUGGUUCCUUGUUCUUUCACACUCUGUGAUAUUAUGUGCUGAUAUUCUCUAUACCGCCUGCUGUGGCAACAUACUGAAAACCAGUCUGUUGUAUUCUCAAUAAACUGCCUUUUUAACACAAGUCUGAUUCAAUUAUUAAAGGGGUAAAUCACUAAACCUAUGCAAUAAAUAUGAAGGGCACUGUAUGUUUAGUUAUGGAACACAGUCAGAUAUUUGAAAAAGAGUAACGUGUUCUACCUCAAUAUGGAACAAAUCCCUGAGCACACAGAAAUUUCAUUCCUAAUACAUCAAACUCCAUAGGGCUCUGGCCUUGUAGCUACACAAAGGAAGAUAAUCAUUUGAAGAAUGGAAAGGGGGCAUUAUUUAGUGCCCACAUCAUGGGAUUGUGGCCGGCAGAACAACAUGUAAAAAAAAAAAAAAAAAUGGCAACUGAAGGUACUGUAGCUGGCAGCUUGGGCGGGAAAAACGUGACUUUCAAAGGAUGAGUCAUGUUGCUGGGCAAAUUAGGCUUCUGAGUCACGUGUUUCCCGGGCUUUAGCAGGUGUUUCAAACUCACGUGUUUCCCGGGCUUUCUACAUGUGUUUGAAUUCACAUGUUUCCCGGGCUUUGUACACGUGCGGGGGGCUAUAUAAGCCCACCGCUCUGAAGGGUUUUUCAGUCAAGGCCUGGUACGGCAUAGUGUGCUUCCCCCCCCUUUUUUAUCUCUCUUACCUCAGGUCAUGAAGGAUCUCAUCAGGCGACUCCUGGAGCGAGCAGCGGAGGACGGCGGGGAAGAAUGGCUGAAGAAGUGCCUGGCGGAGAUGGAGGCUGAACCUGCCCUUGUCGCGGAGGAAGAUGGAGAGGUUGCGGGUCCGUCGGAUGCUUUUCAGCAACCGCUUCUACCUCAGACACCAUCUCUCCCUUACAGGUGUUCCAGGACCCAGCCACCCGAGCGCUCCCUUGCUGUCUCUGCGGCCCGUGAGGAUGAUGUUUCCAGCCUGGGCGGAACUUCCGACACCACCCCUCAACGCAGCAGCCUGCGAAUACAGAAGAAGAGGAGGACGGCCUCUCCAUCUCCGGUGCGCGUCACGACGGGGAGGGGUAGAGGCCGUCAAUCACCAGUGAAGGGAAGGAGGGAUCUUUUUUCUUUGCAGGUUCCUAUGGAGGAGCAGACAGCGUCACCAGUGGCCAGGCAGACUCAGCUGGACAAUGUGACGGCGCCUCAGCGGCUAGAAUUCCUUUCUAGGCCGGCUAGCAGCUCACAGAGGGAUGACAGCUCAGCGUCCCAAGCUGGAGCAGCGACAUCUAGUGGUUCAUUAUCCUCCAUCUGGAUCAUUGGACAUUCAUUUGUUCAUUGGGCUCACAUCCGGGCGUGUCAACGAUGUUACUCUUCUAACCUGUCUUUGCCUCCUGACUCUUUUAAGAUUUUUUGGAAAGGUAUUCGUGGUUUGCGUUGGGACAAUCUUUGUCACCACAUUUCUAUUUUAUCUCACAGUUUACCUUAUCCUGAUAUUUUGAUAAUCCACCUUGGGGGUAAUGACAUAGGAAAGUAUUCAACUUUAGAUUUGAUCUUUAAGAUUAAGCGCGAUUUGCAGCAUAUUCAUUUGUCCUUUCCUAGUACUAAAAUAAUCUUUUCUGAAAUGAUUCCGCGUUUUCUCUGGCUAUCUUUCCCGGAGAAUAGGUCUCUGGAGAAGAUUCGGAGGCGUGUUAAUCAUUCAAUUGAGAAAUUUAUGCCUAUAUUGAACAGUUUUUCUUAUAGGCACACUGAGUUGGAAGGAGGUUUUUCUGGUCUCUAUAGGUCUGAUGGUAUCCACCUAUCUGACAUAGGUUUGGAUAUCUUCAAUUCGGAUCUCCAGAAUAUGGUAGAAAUGGCCACGGUGCUGGGGUAGGCCGUUUUUUGUCAGCCGACAAAAACCGGCUGGUGGGGACUUUGUAUUUAUUAGUUAUGGUAUUCGCUCGAGUUCUAUGACUGAGCGAGAUCUUAAGAGAUGAUUAAAGUUUGGAAAAUGUUAUAUUAAGAAUUUAAAUAAUAUUGAAAAUGUUACUAUUAGAAUUUUAGUAAUAUUAAAUGGAAUAUUUAUGAUUAUAUAGAUUUAUUUAUACCAAUAACGGUGCCGCGGCCAUUUCUACUACCAAAAUAAAAAAA